GUUCUAUUGCACUCAUCAUUCCACCUUUCCGCCCAACAUCAUGUCCACAUCGACGACCAAGGCGCGCCACUAUGCUGCGCUCGGCGGGCGUAUUCGCGCCCUGAAUUCUACCAUUGUUGAAACGGACGCGCUGAUGGGCGAGCUGAGCGACCAUUUGCUGCACAUGCAGCAGUUUGCCGCGUGCCACGCUGCCCAAUUCAUGUCCACAUCGGCACUCCUCGACGUCGAGAUCAAUGCAACCAACGCGGCGGCCGAAGUGGGAGAGGGAGACCGCUCGACGGACACGGCGCGCGGAUAGUUUCGCCCGAGGAGGGGAACAUGCUCGGCCCUGGUGCAUCGACGCGCCGGCGCCCGUAGUCUGUACCAACCUGCGCUCCAAUAGAUGCUAGACGUUGUAUAAAGAUGUACUUUUGCGCAAACG